GUUUUUCGCUUUCCGUGAGGUGUUCUAGAAUAUUCUGGAAGGUGAAGAAUCUGCCCCAGAGUUCCGAGCAGGUACUGCGCAUGCGUGGGAUAUUUCACGUGGAGAGAGCAGCAGAGAUCCCCCCCCCUCUCCACUGUGUGUCAGAUCAAGAAGAAACCGGGGUGCAGCUGCUUCACGUCGACUACCAGACCUCUCACACGUCCACAAAUGGCCUUCAGGAAAUUCCUCCCCUUGUUCGACCGGGUGCUGGUGGAGCGCUUGGUCGCGGAGACGGUAACGAAGGGCGGCAUCAUGCUGCCAGAGAAGGCUCAAGGCAAAGUGCUGCAGGCCACGGUGGUGGCCGUAGGUCCCGGCUCUGUCAACCAGAAAGGGAACGUGCUGCCAGUCAGCGUGAAGGUUGGAGAGAAGGUCCUCCUACCCGAGUACGGUGGGACUAAAGUCAGCCUGGACGACAAGGACUAUUUCCUGUUCCGGGAUGGAGAUAUCCUCGGUAAAUACGUGGAAUGAGUCUUCAUUUUUGUUGUUGCUGUAGAUCCUGUCAUCCAUACCGGGAGAGAAGGAAUUACGUUGCUUCUUUCUUGUCUGUUUCUUUUCCUUUUUUUCUAUUGCAAUUGUAAAUAAUUCUAAUCACGUUUGGUAACAAGAAUAAAGGUGAAGUGUUGAUUUUUGUCU